AUGUCCUUACCAAUGGCAGAAAGCCUUUCCCAAGACAUAUAUGACAUUAUUAACAGAACAGAGAAAAACAACAGCUCCACGGAAUGCCCAUAUUUUCCUGAUUUCGAUUUUGUUUAUAUAUUUGUGCCUCCCUACGUUUUCACUAUUUGUGUGGCAGGCCUGCUUGGAAACAUGUUUGUCCUCUUAGUAUUCUUCCUCCAGAAAGGUCGCUGCACAGUGGCUGAAAUUUACCUGGGAAACCUGGCAGCAGCUGACUUUAUGUUACUUGCAUGUCUUCCCUUCUGGGCUGUGAACAUCAUGCACCAUUUCAAAUGGCCAUUUGGAGAUUUCUUGUGCCGAACCACCUGCGUAACAAUUAUUUUCAACAUGUACACCAGUAUUUACCUAUUGGCUAUGGUCAGUAUUGAUCGCUACUUUGCUCUUGUACGGACCAUGACCACUGGAAGAAUGAGGAGCGUUUUUUAUGCUAAAGUCUUCUGCCUUUCUAUCUGGCUUUUUGGAUUUAUCAUGGGCAUACCCUCAGUUAUUUACAGAAGCGUACAAUAUGUUCCAGACUUUGAUGUUGUGAUGUGUCUACUUAAAUUCCCUCAAAAAUCAUGGAAACUGGCUUUAGAUAUAGUUCUAAUUAUUAUAGGUUUUUUACUCCCUGUAAGUGUUAUUGCAUUCUGCAACUACCACAUCAUAAAAGCUCUGAAGGAAAGCCAAGAGUAUGCUGCUUCUAAGGACAGGAGUGAUAAUAAAGCCACUAAAUUAAUUUUUGCAGUUAUAUUGGCAUUUCUUCUCUGCUGGACUCCCUUCCAUUUCUUCACCUUUCUUGAUAUAUUGUACGAAGUAGGUGCUCUAAAAGGUUGCACGUGGGAAACAAUUCUAGACCUUGGAAAUCAAAUUGCAACAUAUCUGGCUUGUUUAAAUAGCUUAUUAAACCCUGUACUCUAUGUUUUUGCUAGCCAGUACUUCAGAAGGAAAAUCACAGAUAUUUUUAAAUGCACCAAGUCCCGGAGAGGAUCGGACUUAGUUGCACUGCAACGAUCUGUCAUCUCAACACAACGUCAGCGAAUUGAGAUUUUAUGAAGAUAAUACCAUAAGGCUAAAGCUCUACACCUCAAGAUAGUUUGUUUUGGCAAAAGUACAGGCAAAACACUACAUAUUUAACAAACAAAGUUUAUAUAGCUGGUACAAUCCUACCAAAACAUUAAGGGAAAAAAAUUAUUAUUAUUCACAGAAGCACAUUAUUAACCCUUGA